AUGCCAGCUAUCCCAGGGAGGAGCUGUGAGGCAUGUCGAGCUCGAAAGAAGAAGUGUGACCAAGGCCAACCAUCCUGCUCCCGCUGCAUACGCCUCAACAUCCGCUGCAUCGGCUCCGGCACCCAACGCUUCAAAUUCCACAUCGCAACGUCCACCAACCCUCGCCACACGCCCGUCGGCCUGCCCUCCCGCCCCCUACACAACCAAGUCACCGCCACUAUCGGCAGUCUCAUCCAGACCCUGGAGGUGGACGACCCGCGCUUCUGCAUCGUCAGCCUAGGCGGUUUCUUCGAGGAUGUGCCCCGGCGACUGGGUCGGAACGAGGCCCUGGACGCGGCGGCGAGGGCCUUUUCCGAGACGAUGGCUGUGGUGAGGACGGGAAAGGUCACGGUGCCGAUGCUGACGGACUAUGGGGUCGCGUUAAAGGCGCUGAGGAGGGUGUUUGUGAGUGCGCCGGAGAAGGUUAUGACUGUGGAAACGCUGGUUGCUAUUUAUCUGGUUAUGAUUUGUCAGAACUGGAUGGGUGGGAGCCGCGAGGAAUUCUCAGUUCAUAUCAACGGACUGGUGAAUAUUCUCAACUCUGGAGCCGCUCGAGACUGGAACGACAGCUUCAGUAGGCAAAUACUGGGUAUAACCUCACUCCUUGCUGUCUCCGAAUCUGUAACAAAUCACACCUUCCAAUUCAACCCCCAAUUCAUACCCACGACCAAAGCCGGCCCCAUCCCCUCCCACGCCCGGCAACCCAACAUCGCCGACCCCGAAACCAUCAAGCUCGAAAACCUCGUCAACUACCCCAAAUACCUCAACGAGCCAGACCUCCACCUCCUGGAAAUCCGCCAACGCUACGAACAAGCCAAGCUGGAAUCCCACAUGCUCGUCCACCUCCUCAACAACAUGCUCGCCGCGUCAAGCUCGCCCGACGCACCGCCAAGCCCGCCCUCCGCGUCAUUCAUAAGAAUGUACAUUCUGUGCGAGUCUGGCGCCGGGACCCUCAUGUCCGUAGCCAUGAUGCUCAACCAGAUCCUGAGAAUCUUCAACACGCACGACUUCCUCCUCGAGCAGGACAUGGCCUUCUUCACCACGGAGGUCAUGAAUGUGGCGGCGCGGGUGAAGGACCUGCGGCCACUGGGGUGCACGUUUGUCCCGCCCACGCUGUGCAUGGGGUGGGUUACUACGCCGAGUGAGGAUGUGAGGAGGCAGCUGGGUGAGUGGAUGGAGUUUUAUCGUGCGGACUUUCGGGGCGCAAAGAGUACGGAUUUCACGGGGUGGUUGGAGCAUCGGUUUGGGAGGAUGCGUGGGAGGGCGGCGGAGAUGGAGAGGGAGAAGGAGAGGAGUGAGGCGGGGGAUAGUGGGAUUGAGUCGUUGGGUGAGGAUGGGACUGAGGAGGAGGAGUUUGAGAUUACGGGGACGAGGCCAUGUUGUGUUAUGUGA